GCCAUACUCUUAGUUUAUUUUUCUCUUGCAUCUUCUUCGCAACCCCCAAAGAACUCCGAGGCUUCCGCCACUGCAGGGCUUAGGGAGAGUCUUGAUGUGACCAGACUUAUCACUGCUUCGUAGAGUGUGGCUGUUUUCUUCCAGAUUUUACUGAGAAAUAUUUCGACGACACGAGUACAGGUGUCCCUGGGGAGUACUGAAGUGGGUAGGAGUCAGAUUGAUUAAGCAGUGAGCACACGAGUGGAGCAAAUAAGUGGAGAGCAAUGACAGUAAGACACUUGCAUCUGAAUUCGGUUGUUCGUAUUGGUUAUUGUUGUUCUUUCAGAGUUGCAUCCGCCCCUGGCAAGGUUUUGAUGACUGGGGGCUACCUUAUCUUGGAGAGACCAAAUGCUGGCCUUGUCCUCAGCACAAACGCUCGUUUCUACGCAAUCGUGAAGCCAAUUUAUGAAGCUGUCAGUCCUCACAGAUGGACAUGGGCAUGGAUAGAUGUGAAGUUGACAUCUCCUCAACUCUGUAGAGAAAGCAUGUACAAAAUGUCUCUUAAGAACUUGACCCUUCAGUGUGUCUCUUCAAGGGAGUUAAGCAACCCUUUCGUAGAACAAGCAAUACAAUACACUGUGGCAACUGCGCAUGCAGUAUUUGCUGACAAAAGUAAGAAGGAUGUGCUAUGCAAUCUACUCUUGCGAGGUCUUGAUAUUACGAUCUUAGGUUCCAACGAUUUCUAUUCAUACCGUAACCAGAUUGAGGCACAGGGACUCCCCUUGACACCAGAAUCAUUGGCCUCCCUUCCACCUUUUUCAGCAAUUACUUCUAAUGUAGAUGGCUUAAACGGGGAAAAGUUUAAACCUGAAGUUGCGAAAACAGGGUUGGGAUCAUCUGCAGCAAUGACAACUGCUGUGGUUGCAGCUUUGCUUCAAUACCUUGGAGUUGUUAAUCUCCCAGUUCCAACUAAUACUCUAUGCCAAGGAAAGACUGGAACCGAGAUUCUUGAUUUGGUGCAUGUGGUAGCCCAGAGUGCUCAUUGUAUUGCACAAGGGAAGGUUGGCAGUGGGUUUGAUGUCAGUGCUGCAGUCUAUGGCAGUCAACGCUAUGUUCGUUUUUCACCAGAAGUACUUUCUUCUGCCCAGGUUGCUGUCAAAGGAAAGCCAUUGCAAGAGGUCAUCACUGAUGUUAUAAAAGGAAAUUGGGAUCAUCAGAAGACUAAGUUCUCCUUACCACCAUUGAUGAAUCUUCUUUUAGGUGAGCCAGGAACAGGAGGAUCAUCAACACCAUCAAUGGUAGGUGCUGUUAAGAAGUGGCAAAUAUCUGAACCUCAAAAGGCCCAAGAUACAUGGAGAAGAUUAACAGAAGGGAACUCAAAACUCGAACUACAACUCAGUAUGUUGAGUAAAUUGGCAGAAGAGCACUGGGAUACCUACAAAUAUGUUCUCAACAAGUGCAGUGAGUAUAAGUGUGGGCAGUGGAUGAAGCAAGCCGCUGAUCCAUGUGGACAAGCAAUUGUUAAUGCUUUGUUAAGAGCAAGAGAUGCUGUUCUUGAUAUCAGAUUACAUAUGCGUCAAAUGGGUGAAGCUGCAGGUGUUCCGAUAGAGCCCAAAUCACAAACUCAGCUUCUGGAUACCACGAUGAAUAUGGAAGGGGUUCUGCUGGCUGGAGUUCCUGGAGCAGGUGGCUUUGAUGCAAUUUUUGCUGUAACUUUAGGCGACUCCAGCCGCUUUGUCACUAAAUUGUGGACUUCACUUGGUGUUCUAUCACUGCUAGUGAGAGAAGAUCCUCAUGGUGUUUCUUUAGAAAGUGGAGAUCCACGAGCUAUUGAAAUCUCAUCAGGCAUUUCUUCCAUACAUAUUGCAUAAUAUAGAUAGUUGUGCCCCAUGCAUGUAUCAGAUAAGUUAUGUCCUUGUAUAAAAACAGUAGUGAUUAUUUUUUUAUUUUAUUUUUUCUUGGGCAAGAUAAAAAAUAAAGAAAUAUGGUACAAUGGGUGGAAUUAAGUUGACACAAAAAGAAAGAUGGGCUGUUUACUGUGUAGUUGUUGUAAUCUUCUAAACUUGCACUAUACAAAGUGAUUCCUUCCAUUCAA